UAACUGUCAUCUGCCGAACAGCGACGUUCUGUCAACGAAGAUAAAUAAUAACAAAUCGUGUAGUAGUGAAUAUUUUUCGUCUGCCUAUCGCCUCAGCUUGAUAACGCUUGGUUUCCGUUUCCUUUUCAUCGUCCAAGAAUGGGGGAUGUAAAAACAUGCUCCAUCCGCAUUUGCCAGGAUGGACACGCGAACGCACUUGCGUUAAAUCGCGAAUGCACGCAAAUUGCUGUAGCUGGCAGAAGCUUACUGAAGGUUUUCUCGAUUGAAAACGAUGGAUUCACGGAGGUAUGUAAUAUGCGUGGUGGUAAAAAUCAAAACCUAAGCUACUCGUCAAAUGAUGUGGCAUGGAGUGCACUUGAUUCCAACAUUCUCGCUACCGCUGCAACCAACGGUGUCGUGUCGGUGUGGGACUUGUCCAAGUUCGGUCGCCAGAAGCAGCUGCUGGUGUACAACGAGCACGAGAGGACGGCUCAUUCGGUUGCGUUCCAUGGGACCGAGGCAAAUCUGCUGAUAUCGGGUUCACAGGAUGGGACUAUCAAAUGCUUCGAUCUGCGAACGGAUAAGUCAGCCAUCAAUACGUACUUCAGCAACUCGGAGAGCGUACGUGAUGUCAAGUUUAGCCCACACGCACCAAACACGUUUGCGGCUGUUUCAGAAAAUGGUACGGUGCAGUUGUGGGAUAUUCGCAGGAAUGAUCGAUGUACGGCCCAGUUCACUGCACACAGUGGGCCUAUUUACACGUGCGAUUGGCAUCCAAAUCAGCCAUGGCUGGCCACGGGUAGUCGUGACAAGCAGAUCAAGGUUUGGAACACUAACCCCAAAAACACUUCGCUAGAAACAGCGAAAAACGUUUCACUUGAGUAUACUAUACACACGAUCGCGGUCGUCGGCAGAAUUCGAUGGCGUCCCGAUAAGAUGUACCACAUUGCAAGCUGUGCGCUGGUCGUGGACAAUAGCAUCUACAUAUGGGAUCUGCGCCGGCCCUAUAUACCCUACGCCUCCUUCAAUGAGCAUUCGAACGUUACGACGGGAAUCGCGUUCAAGGGUAACGAUCGGCACGUGCUGCUCUCCACCAGCAAGGAUUCGACGAUAUUUAAGCACGUGUUCAAAGACGCCACCAGGCCUGCAAUGAAGGCGAAUCCGCAGGGAGCAAACUUGAACUACAAGGGCGACUUGCUGUAUGCCUACGAGAUGAAGCUAAUCCCUCCGCCAGCGCCAUCAAGCUUACUCAGCCAGGGUACCGCUUUGCUGGGCUCGCGUCAAAAAACGUCCACGUCGGCUGAUCAGUUUCAUCUGGCCAAAUCGAAUCUUUCCACCUUUUCUACUAAAACUAUCAGCGUAAAUGCCAAGGACAUUACCAAAACAUCACUGCUAAAGGAUUACUUGGCGCUGAAAGGCUGCGCCAAAGAGUAUAUCCUAACGGGAGCAUCACUAGCAGAAAUUUGCAGCCAUAAUGCAGCAGUAGCGAAAAAAUACGGCAAAGCAAACGUUAGUUUUUUGUGGAACUUCAUCGCGCAACUGUACGCCCACAGUACCGCCGCAAACAUGAAGCUGGAACAGCGCAAUUCGGGCACAAUUCAGAGUGCUAGUGGUCGUUUGAUGGCUCAAAUUUCCAACCAAUCGAGCAGCGGCAGAAGUGAAGACCGAGCGAUGGGUGGCGGGGGCCAUCCUGCAGCGGGCACAGCAAAUGUUGUAAGCAACAGCAGCACUGACGAUUACAGUGAGUUUGCGAACAACAAAAACGCCAACGAAACGCAUGGAACGGGGCAGCUACUGUCGGUAGAUAUAGAACCGGAUAAGUGUGAUUUCGUUUUUGGAGAAACUGAGCUUACAUUCGAUUCGGUCGAUUGUAUUAAGGGCUUCCGGGAUGGGUUUCUUUACACGGGGCCGCAUGAUCUGGUGAAAGACUACACAUUUCCCAGCUCAAACUUGAUGAAUGCCCACGAACUACAUCAAACGCAACCUCGCAAGCAUCUAAUGGCUGAAAAGUCGCAGGAAACGUCCCCGCCGCCGAAUCCGGCACCGUCGUUCCUGAAAAUUUCCGAUCACAAUCCAACACCACCCAUGUGGGAACCUCAUCAGGUGCUGGCUGAUUGCUUAACGCUGCAAACCGAGAUUGGCGAUGUCCAGACAUCGUCCUGCAUUCUCAUGGCUCUCGGCGACCGAAGGCACAGCCUGCAGAUAGACGAAAGCUUCCAAGAGAACUGGCUGCUGUCCUACAUCGAGCUACUGCACCGGCAUCAGCUGUGGAACGAAGCGACGCAGGUGAUCAACAUUAGCUGGAUCCGAUCGGUGAUGGAACUGAAUCAACAAUCGACGACGAUGUACACGAGCUGUGGCCAAUGCUCGAAACAGCUGGUAAGUGCGACGGGAUGGUACUGUUCACGCUGCAAGUCCGCCCAAAGCUCCAAGUGCAGCGUCUGCAAUGGGGUGGUCCGUGGUCUGUACGCCUGGUGUCAGGGAUGUUCGCAUGGGGGCCACCUGGAACAUUUAAAGCAGUGGUUUGCCAACAACUCAAAAUGUCCCCGGUGUGGUCACUUGUGUGAAUACGAAUGAGCAAUAAAGUCUAGCGACGCGAUGUGGUUUGGGUUUCUCAAAACAUCACUUAAAA